UCACGUCAUUUCAUACGCACGUGACGGAGUGUAGAAUGUAAAAAGUAAAAACUAGUUGAUUCCUGAAAAUAAAAAAUAAAAAAGGUGAAAAGAAAAUGGUUAGGAAUGGGAAUGGCAGAGACGAAGGAAGGUGGAGGCCCUCUUUCCUUCUCUCUCUGCAGUCUGCAGCAGCUGCAUGCAAUAAUUGCGUGUCCAACAAGAUUAGUCAGUCCUCAGCCUUUCCUCAGAAACCCCCAUUUCCCUAUGCUCUCGCUCCGCUAAUUCUCUCUCCAAUAAUGCCUGCCUUCGCCGCUAAAACCGCCGGAUUAAUCGCCGCCGCCGCUGAUCCUCCGCGGUUCAGCGAGGACAUUGAUAGUACCUGCUCCACUCCGUUUGUCAGUGCUCCGUCGAGUCCAGGCCACGCGCCGUCUGGAUAUUUCUUCAGUGCUCCGGCGAGUCCGAUGCAUUAUCUUCUGUCCAGUGAGAAGGCGGCGUACGAUCACGAGCCGGUGUUUUUGUCGUCCGAUUCUGGUUCCUUCGAGUUUGAGUUCUCUUCGCGGUUUUCGUCGGAUGGAUUGGGCGGAAACGCGUCGUUUACGUCUGCGGAUGAGCUGUUCUUCAACGGCCAGAUCCGGCCGAUGAAGCUGUCGUCUCACUUGCAGAGGCCGCAGGAAGCUCCGUUCGUAGAUCCGUGCGGCGAAUACGCCGAGAAGGCGAGGGGAAGAGAUCCGAGCGUGUGCGUUAAGUACUCGCACCGGAAGGCGAGAUCCAUGUCGCCGCUGCGCAGCAAUGCGCAGUGCGAAUUGCGAGGAUUAGAAGCCAUAGCUGCGGAGGACGACGCCGAAACGAAGGAGAACGAGUCGAGUGAAACGACGCCGUCCUGCUCCGCAUCGUCGUCGCGGUCGUCGUCUUCCGGAAGGAACUCGAAGAAAUGGAUAUUCCUCAAGGAUCUUCUCAACCGCAGCAAAAGCGAGGGAAGAGCAACCAGCAAGGAGAGAUUCUGGUCGGCGAUUUCCUUCUCGCCGUCGAAGGAGAAGAAAUCGCCGUCGUUAUCAUCCCCUGCUUUAUCUCCGUCGUCCUCGCGCGACGAGAAGAAAGGCAAAAACGAAUCUAAGAAAGCAAAAACUCCUCCCGCUACCGGAAAACCUGCAAACGGAGUAUGGAAACGGCGCGUCCCGCGGUCGGCUCACGAGCUGCACUACACGACGAACAGAGCACAAGCAGAGGAGAUGAAGAAGAAGACCUUUCUGCCAUACAGGCAGGGACUACUCGGAUGCCUGGGCUUCAGUUCAAAGAGCUAUGGCGCAUUCAGUGGAUUUACCAGAAAUCUGAACCCAAUAUCGUCCAGGUGAAUUUAAGAUUUUACUAAUAAUUGCUGCUACAUUUCAGUAAUUUGUUGUUUCUGCAUGUGAAUAGAUUGCUAUGCCUGGCUGCCUUUCCUCCCCUUUUCCCAUCCCAUCUUCUUCUUCUUCUUCGGUAGAAUCUUCUGUCCAUUUGGGUCACUGUUCUUGAGAUGUUUGAUUUGCAGUUUGUCAGUUUCGAUUAAUUUCUUGCGAGCAUGAGUAGUAUGAAUGUUGUCUAUUUAUUGUAUGCCUUUGUUGUAAGAUCUUAUGGAGCUGAACCAGUACCUGAGUUCAUUAAUAUCCAUCUCAACUUAAAUUCAAGCUCUAAUUCAAUCUCUCUGGAGGGAUGACUAACUGCAUCGUGCUUUUAGACACAAGCAGUCAGUCACAUGUGAACUGUAUUACAAAUCUCGAAAUGGGUUUCUGUUUGUUUUUAUUAUUUUUCAAUAAGUAUAUGAUAUUGGGGAUGGGUUUAUGAUGGGGGAAUCUUACAUGAGAGUGGGACCA